AUGGAUAGAGUGUCAUGUCGUCGUUGUCGUCGUCUUUUCAUUCAUUCAUCCAUUCAUCCGCACCCCGAUCCUUUUUCGUCUUCAAAAGAAAGUUUUGUAAUCCAAUUUGUGAUUUUUUUUUUGCUUCUCGCUCUCUCUAUAUCUCUAUCUCUCUUUUGAGUUCUUCCAUCUUGUUUGUUUAUUUUUGGGAAAUAUUAUUAUGCACUAAUCAAUUUUGGAAUUCUGAAUUCUGAAUCUCGAAUUUGAGAUUUUUUCAGAACUCAGUGUUAAAGGGUUUUUUAGGCUGAAACACUGAAAUCUGAAAUUCUGAGCCUCAGCCCAUUUCAGAAUUUUUCAGAACUUUCAAAUUUAAACUCCCGAAGUUCAUUUGUGUCUCUAGAAAAUCCGAAAUCUGAAAAUCUAGAAACUUAAAAAACUUUUUAAAUUCUUGAAAUUUUGAGCCCCCAGUUUCAGAACUUCAAUUUUUCAAAACUCUCAAAUUUAAUUUCUAGAAGCUUCUUUAUGUUUCCAGAAACUCCGAAAUCUGAAAAUCUAGAAAUUUUAGAAACUUCUUAAUGUCUUGAAAUUUUUAGUCCCAGAUGAAAUCUGAAAAUCUAGAAAUUUUAGAAACUUUUUAAUGUCUUGAAAUUUUUAGUCCCAGAUGAAAUCUGAAAACCAAGAUAUUUUUUGAUUCUUGAAAUUCUGAAUGUGAGUUAUAGCACCAAAAAAUAUUUUUUCAAUAAGCGAUCUAUUUUUUCAACCCGGAAAAUCGAAAAAAUGCAAUUUAUAUUCUGAAAAAAUUCUCCGGAAGUUUCUCUAAUCAUGUCCAAAAAUAAAUCCCUUUUUUUAUUCUUUUUAUUAAAAAAUUCUCCCUCCCUAAUUUUUUUCCUGGAUAACUACUGUAGACAUACAUACAUAUUCCAAUUUCCGAAUCAAUUUCCGUUACCUAAACAAUUUCAAGUUUAAAUUUAGCUACAAGAUUCAAAUUUUUUUCAGAAUUUUCCGACAACAUCAUCAUCAACGACGACGACGACAUCUUUGAUGGGGGUUAGUUUAUUUUUUGAUUUUUUUUGGAAGGAAGAAAAAAAGAGGAAGGCGGGUGUUGUUCAAUGUAUUCAAGAAGGAGAUUAAUGAAUUUGACAAGACAUCGACCAAUUUGUCUCCUCGUUUUUUAAUGGAAUACAUACGUUUACAUUUUGAGUGGGUGAAUGUUUCCGCAAAAAAAAAUUUGUUGCGGGGUUCUUCGUUUUAAGAGUGACGUUUUCAAAAUUUCAUAUUACAGUAAAAGCUCAAAUUUUCAAUUUUGAUUAUCUGAAAAAAACAGCUCCACUUUGAAGGAGAUAUUUAUUCAUUUUCCAAAAUCAAUCGAUAAUAUGAACUCAAAAAAUCAAAAAUUUCAACAAAAGUUCCAAAAUCUUCUGUGGACCAUCUUGAAAUUUUAUUUGCUAAAUGAAUAUUUUUCAGAAUUUUUUUUCAAAAAAAAAUACUCAAAACAGAAGUAUCUUAUUUCUCCAACGAACUUUUGAGGUUCAUGGAUUGCUUCAUGAAAAAAUUCAUAUAAAAAAGAACACUUGAGGGUUCCCCAGACAUCUUUUAUACGUAGUAUCAACAGAAAAUUCCAUCUUCCUCCUGAAAAUCGUGUCUCUUUCAAAAAGUGCGAUUAUAUUCAUUUCCGGAAAAAUUGAAAGAUCUCUGCUAACAUGUACACGUUUAGUGCGAUGAAAAAAAUUAUAGAAUAAUAUGAAAACUAAAAUUUUGAAUUCCGAGUCAUCCCAUUUACAAUUCUAUGUCCACCUGAUCUUUGAGGAGAAUAUGCAUAUAGUCAGAGUUCAAUGUAUUCAUAGGGCUUCUGAACCAGAGAAUAUGUUUUUUUCUGAUUGAUAAAGUUUUCUGAGAGCAAAAAAUCAGAACUCAAAACAUCUCUAGCUCAAAAAAUUUGAUAUUUUCAACAAAAAAUGUGUAGAUCAGCUGCUUUUGGAAAUAUUUUAAAUAUAUAAAUAGCUCUAGUUCUAGUAUAUUUUGCAAGGAGUUAUCAAGUUCGAAAAAUUUGAACUCGAAUUUUUAUUCAGGGAGAAUUUUUUUCGAGUUUCUCUGAACUCGCGAAAUUCACCAAACCUCUUUAAAACCAAAAUAGUUCACUCAAAUUCUUUGAACAGUUAUUUUGAAUUUUGAAAAAAAUCUUCAAAACCCAUUUGAUCUACCAAUUCUCUCCAUCUCUAUCAAUCUCUGAUCGUCUAAUUCUACCAUCUCUCACUUUGCUCUCUCUUUCAAUCUCCAACUGUCUCCACAGAAGCGUGAAAAAUGCGUAUAAUGGGUUGUAGGGGGCCCUCUCUGCCUCUCUUUUCAUGUGUUGCUUUAUUCGGGGCGGUGUCGGACAAACGGGGGACUCCGCCCUUUCCUAACGGGCGGAAUGAAUAGCUGGAAAAGUGUUGCGGUGUCGGUUGAAAGCAAGCGAAACGAAAAAAAAGAAAGCAAAAAAGAAAUGGAAAAAAGAACACACCCUUUCCGUUUCUUCUUCGCCUUCUUCUUCAUUCGAAGCUGCUAAUCUGUUAUUUUUGCUCCUCUCAUUUUCUGAUGCCUUUUUUGCUUUAUUUCCUUCCUUUUCUCCGUUUCUGUGUUUUUUUUUUGCAUCUCCUUUUCAAAAUUACACACCUUUUAAAGCAACAUCCGUCUGGAAUUCGAUAUUUUUCACACUGAAAUCCUGGUGUGAUAUGAACCCCGAUGCAUGGAUCUUUUCAUUUCAAACAUACUGACCGAGCCAAUUUUUUUGAUAAAUAUUUUUAUAAUAAUAAUAACAACCGAAAAAUACGAGCCUUCGUAUAUUAUUGAAAUUACUACUAUGGCUUGGAGUGUUGUUAUUUAUAUACAGGUGAGUGAAUUUAUUAUACACUCGAUUAUUCUCUUUUUUUUUUUGGAAUUUAUAGUUGAGCUUUUGGUUGGAAAUUGAAUUUUCUGAUAAUUGAUUUGUAUAAAAAUUAUUGGGAAUUUUCUCGAUUCUGUUAGAUUUUCUGAAAAUUUUGAGAAUUUGGUGCAAAAUGUGGAGUUCUUGUAUCUUUUGAGUUUGAAUGAAAAUAUAGAUCUCAUGAUUUUGAAAUAUUCGUUUUCAGUUUUCAAAUAAAAACCUUAUACAGAAGAAUAUUUUGUGAUUAAAAAUAAAAUUAAACUGUAUAUUUUUUUUCUGCAUACGAAAAAUAUGUUUUUUUUUAUUAUAAAAUACCUAUAAUAAUAGUUUUCUGAUUUUUUUUCGAACUUCUAUAUAUUUUUGAAAAAUAUAUUCAUCAAUCAAUUUUUCACAUUCAAAAAAUCUUAUUUUUAUUUUCAAAAAAUCCCGAUUAUUUUUUGAUCAAAAAAAUUGUUUCUGAAUUUUUCAGAAUAACCAAUUCACCAAAAAAUGAUUGUGAAACAAUUCCAGAAAAAAAAUGAUAAAAUUUUGUGAAUUUUUUUUUGAUUUCCAAAUUCUCCCAAUUUUUUCCUCAAAUCUCAUUCAUCGUCAACAGAAAAAAACAAUCUUUCUCAUUUCUGAUCUAACAACCGGAAGUUGAUUCAAAAAGGAAAUAUUUUCAGGUUUUAUUAGUAUGUAUUUCUGAUGACUUUCUCCCUCUCAAUCUACCUCAAGUCCACUUGAUUUCCCGAAAAAAAAACUUUUCCAAUCUUCAAAAGUUUCUCUGCCUAAUUUUUGUGCACUAAAAAAGUGCAAAAAGUUCAAGGGUUCUUGGGUGGGUAAAUCCCAAUUUUUCUUUUUUUUUUUCCUUUUUUUGUUGAAACAAAAUGUUUUUCCCUGGAAAUGAGAAAAAAAAUCGUAGAGCAAAGUUUUUUGUUGGAGCAAGCUGGGUUGUUUGUGCAGUUUUCUCUAGACCCAAUUAAAAUUUUCUUGAUUGGCACUGAACUCUUGGAACAUAUUAUAAUAUGCGUAGGCUUAGGUUUCACCACAUUCUUUUUUGCUGUUUGCGCACACAAACUAUAAGGUUUUAUUGGGUGGUCUUAAGUAAAACAUCACAUUAAAAUGCUUUUAAGACUGGUAUGAUCCUCCUAAAAAAUAUUCUUUUUCAUCCGCUAAAAAGUUCACCAAAAAUUUUUUUUGAUCUACCCACACAUGUACGUCACCCGUCAAAUGCUAAUUUAUUUAGUUUCUUUUCUUUUUUUUUUGCAAAAACCCAAAAUUUCUUGAACAUUGAUCAGCGAAAACGUGUAAAAUCUGAAAACUUCAAAAAUAUUUUUUAAAAAUUUAUUUUGAAAAUCAAUCAUACACGAAAAAGAACUUGUCAGCUAAUCCGAUGACAAAUUUGUGUCAGCUAUUUUUAACUCGAAUUCGCAACAUUUUCAAUAAUUUGUAUAGAUGAUUUUGAGUCACAUUUUUUCUUCUUCUUCUUAUUAUGAAGAAAAAUAAGAAAGAAAUUCUGCUUUUUGUUCUUUUUUUCAAUAUAUUUAUAAUUGUUGAACCUAACUAAAAUGACACAUUUUUUUCGAUUUUUUUUCGAGUUGCGUUGUGUUUUGAGUGGAGUGGAAAGAUUUUCGAAAAUGUUAUUUUUUGAAAUAGAAAAUUGUUUGCACCCAGUUUUUUCAUGUUUUUUUGUUGGAGCUGAUUUUCAUGGAUCUGAAAUUUUUAUAAUUUUAAACGAUUGCAUCGUUUUUUUUAGAAUAAUUCCAUAAUUCAAUAAUUUCAUGAUUUUUGAUUACCAAAAUCCAUGAAAUCAAAAAAUUAAAACUUGGAAAACCCUAUCAUCCUAAUAAUAAUAAUUUGCAUAACAAAACGCUUCCCUUCCAAAAUCCAAAAGUUCCCACAAUUAAAAUUUAAAAAUUCAAAUUCAAAUUCAAUUUCCAUAAUUUCAGACAACGUUAGGUGGCUCACUGUUGUCAUCAACGUUACCCGACCAAUCCAAAAUUACGUCCACAUCUCCAACCUCCAUUUUUCACACCAACAACAGUCUGACGGCUGUCAAUUUGGGCUCACCGCCAAGUACAACAACACCAAUCAUAUUUGGCGAUAUUGACACCAGAGGACCACAGAAAUUAUGUCUCGAUGUGCCCGAUGUUUUUAUUGCACUGUUUUUGGUGAGUUCUUGAAGAAUCAAAACAUAUUUUGAGAUUCUAAAAAAAUCAAUAAUAUUUCCAGGUGAUGUUAAUAUUGUUAACAAUUUUCGGCAACAUUUUGGUUGUUUUAUCAGUAUGUGUUUAUAAACGAAUGCGAACCUUCACCAAUAUACUGCUGACAUCACUGGCCACCGCUGAUUUAUUGGUAGGACUUGUGGUUAUGCCAAUGUCAUUGUUAGAUUUGUUACACGGACAUCAAUGGCCUUUAGGUGAGUUUAAAAUGUGCAUUUUCAUCUAAUCUGAAUGACUUUUGGGAGUGACUAAUUUGACAUUUCAAUUUUCUGGAAUAAUUUAAUUUUUCAAUGUUCGUUCCGGGUUACUCAACAAUAAUUAGAGUUCAAAAAUCGGUCAAAUUCAAAUUGAAAAAAAAUUAAAUGUUAUGGCAAUUUUAUAGAAUUUUGAGAACUACAGUAGUCAGAACUUUGUGCCUUUUUUGAAUCCUGAAGAUCUACAUCAGCAACCAUUUUUCCAAACCUCUCUCCCCACGCAAAAACAAAAACUCCAUUGUUAUUUAUAGGUCAAUUCCUCUGCCAAAUCUGGGCAACUUCCGAUGUUCUUCUAUGCACCGCCAGCAUUCUCAACCUAUGUGUCAUUAGUCUCGAUCGAUAUUUCGCCAUAACAUCACCACUCAAAUAUCCAAGAACAAGGUAAAAAAAACGCGCAAGCUUUGUUAUAACAACAAACAUUUUUGUUUCCCUGAAAAAAUCAGGCAGAUGAAGCGGAUGGACCUAAUGUUACGCCUGAAUACACUACCAAAUCGCAAUUCUUUUUGUGUAUUUUGGCUGAAAAAAUGAGAAAGAAUAAAUAAAGAGAAAAACGAAUGAACUUUUAGUUCUGAAAGGGGAAUGUAUAUUUUUGUAGAUCGAAAAAAAUGGCGGCAGGAUUACUGUCAGCGGUCUGGAUGUUGUCGUGCAUCGUAUGCAGUCCACCUCUAUUUAUUCCUGAUUGGAAACUUUUUGAUGAUGUAAGUUUGAAUUUGGAUUACUGUAGAGGUUACUGUAUCAACAUUGAACUUUCAGAUUUCUAAAUUUUAUUAAUUUUGAAAUCAAAUUUUUUUAGAGUUUCCAUUUUCCAAAUCAUGACACAAAUUAUUUCCACUUCAAUUUCUCCUUCAUAAAAAAAAUCAAAACACAAUUUUUUCCCAUUUUUCAGCGUGUCACUUGGAAUGGCCAAUGUGCCUAUUCGCCAUCUGUGUAUUAUAGGAUUUACAGUGCAUUGGGUAGUUUCUACUUGCCGCUUUUUGUAAGUUCCCUAGUCUAUUUAUCUUUUUUUUUUUAUUUUUAUUUUUAAAAACCGAAAAAAAUUCUAGGUCAUGCUCUUCGUGUAUUUCAAAAUUUUCCGGGUAGCUUCUGAACGUGAAGCGCUUAUGAGACAAUCUGUCGGAACAUGUCGUCUCAGCAAUCGAUUGGCCAAAACACAGCAGAAAAAUCAUCGGAAUAACCUGCGAACAUCUAGCACACCGCAUUCUUCGAGAACUCGUGUUCAAGUGAAUCACAAUUGUGGAAGAGUCAAUUAUUCGGUUAGGCCUAUUGAGUAUGCGAGGUGAGAAGCAACUGAAUUUAUCGGAAAACUUUGAAAAAAUAUAAAAUCAGAAUCCAAAAAUUCGAAUUCUGAAAUCCUUAACCAAAACAAUGGCAAAAAUCGGCUCCAACAUUGGAUAAAUGAACGUUGCCAAUGUAACCAAAUCAGAAUACUCUCCCAAAUCAAAUCCAAUCAUUGGACAAAUCAAUAACGCGCCAAUUGGUGCAUACACCAAUAAAAAUGGUGUGAUUGUUUGGAAAAUGAGAGCAUAGAGAAGUUGAAUAUCAAGACCUUGAAUACGUCGACUUCUUAUUUUUUGAAGUUUUUGAAUUUGUGCAAAUAUUGCAUGUUUGAACGAGAGGCAGACCAGAAAACAAAUGAUCUAGAAAUUAGUUAGAGAAAAAAUUUUUAGUUAGAAAUAAUAAAAUCCCUACCAAAAUUGUGAAGCAUGCAAUAGCACUGAUAAGAUCGAUAUAAUUCCAGACUAUCAAAUUUUCAGUUUUUGUCCAAAAUACAGAAGACACGUAGGAGACUUUUGAUAUGUUCUGAUUGGAAAUCUUUCUGAAAUCACAUAUUUCUGAAACUAAAAAAAAUGCAACUCACUUCAAAAUCUUAUCUUUCACAUCAUUUUGCCUCAUUCCAAAGUAGAUUACCAAAUAAUAGAAAAUGGUUAUCAUUAGUGAUGGAAAAUAUAGAAAAAUGUGACUGUUUUUCGAAAUAUGAGGAUAUAAAUGGGGCUUACAAACAACAAUAAAUCUAUAGAAGAAGUGUGUAGCAAGAAUAGCUAUGCUUAACACACACGCAGAGCAAUAUAGAAUAACCAAAUGCAAGCCUAGCUCUCUAUUGAUUUUGAUAGAUUUCUGAUUUGUGAAAAUAAUGAAAGAAGAUUCUGUGGAAUAAAUUUGUGGUUGAACAAAUCCUUCGAUCCAUGAAAAAAUGAUAUUGAAGUUUGAGAAAACUAACAUCAAAUAUCGAUAAUCUCCGAUUGUAUUGCUUUUUGGAAUAAAUGCAAUCAGACAAAUCAUUGUGAAAUUUGUGAUUUGAGAGCCUAUUAGACUGGCACAUUGGAAAAUUUUUGAGACAGCAGACAUAAUGAAUUAUUUUUUGUUUUUCAUUAGACUCAUUUCAUUUUAUAUGAAAAUUUAAAAUUUCCACGGGGGAUUUAAGAACAUCAUAGAAGUUCUGAAAACAACUGGGAAUUUUGGAACUCUUUUCCAAAAAAAAAUAUUUUUAGCCGUGGUGAAAACUUGCUGCGACCUGCAACCGAUCGAUGCGAUUCAACAGAAUUCGAAGAUUCGCCGCCGAAUGGAGACAGUUUGGAAGGAAAAAAUGUGGAUAACGUAAGAAUUAUCAAUCCAGUUCUUUUAAAAAAAAAACAUUUCAGAUCACAACAUCAUUGAACUCUCCACCAAACGGAAAUCAGCGUGAAUCAAGAAAUUCAAUGGAGCGCGAAUGUCACUCAUUGGCUGAUCUUGCAAAUUCGACAGAUACACCAAUUCGGAAAAAUACCGAAGUUGGAUUGGCGCCUUCUUUGAGCAAGCGAGCUAAACAAGCUAAUGCAAGACUUCAACCAAGUAAUUUGUUGCAAAAGGUGAGCUCAACUCAUUGAAUCAUAAAUCAGUGAAAAAAUUCCAGGCUCACGAACAUUAUCAAAUCAAUGGACCUGGCAAAGCUGUUCGAGGAUCAAAAGAAAAAAUGGUGUACUUGAGAGAACGAAAAGCGCUCAAAACUAUUGGAAUCGUUGUUUUGGGUAUGCAAAUUCUCCUGAAUUCCUGACAAAAUCAAAAAAAAUUUCAGGAUUCAUUAUUUGCUGGAUGCCAUUUUUCAUCAUGUAUGUGGUGGAAGUGUUUUUGUCGAAAAAUGUGACUGGAACAAAAGUGUAUCGAGUUACCAAUGAAUUUUUUCUUUGGUUGGGCUAUUCGAACUCGGUGAGUUUGGUGGAGGUUCUAACGAUCAGGAGCUGUUUUCGAUUCGCUCCUUUGCAGUUUCUGAGAAAAAAAGUUCUGAAAAAAAAACCCCUCACAUUCUUAAAUUCCAGGUGCUGAAUCCAAUAAUCUACACAAUGUACAACGGUGAUUUCCGAAGAUGCUUCCGCGAUCUUCUUUCCUUCGGAUGUGUUCAACAUCAUCGUCGAACAAUGAGUGUCAAGAAACUUCACCAACAAUCCACAAUUUUUUGA